AUGUUUGAUAUAUUGAUAGAAAAAUUAAAUAGGAAAGAGCCGUCGAAAACGUCAUGCACAAUCGAGAUCCAAGCAGCAUUUAUUUUCUCCUCCUUGGCAACUUUUGUGGUGGGAUACGUCAUCAUAAUGAUUUUCAGAAUAAUCUUGGCUGUCUUAAACAAAUGCCAAAGCAUCAAGAGAGCAGAGAAAAUCUUGGACUUAUGUUCAUCAAGCAAAAUAAAGAUUAAUCCUUUAAGAAGAUUUAACUUUCACGGGGAAUUUCGUGAGCGUGUUGAAAUGUUGCUCUCUGCACAGACCAUUGUGGGGCAAGUGCUGGCGAUCCUCGUCUUUGUGCUAAGCAUCGGGUCUCUUAUAAUCUAUUUCAUCAAUUCAACAGACCCCGUUGGAAAAUGUUCUUCACACAGAGACAACACUCUUCAUGUGGAUUUGAGUUUCAAUACUUUCUUUACUUUCUAUUUUGGGUUGAGGUUUUGGGCAGCUGAUGACAAGAUCAAGUUCUGGUUGGAGAUGAAUUCAAUUGUAGACAUUUUUACCAUCCCACCAACCUUUGUUUCUUAUUAUUUGAAGAGUAAUUGGCUAGGUUUGAGGUUUCUGAGAGCCCUGCGGUUGCUUGAACUCCCCAAAAUUUUACAGAUCCUCCACAUCAUCCAGACCAGCAGUUCACUGAAGCUCUCCAAACUGUUGUCAAUAGUUCUCAGUACCUGGUUCACAGCUGCAGGAUUACUUCACCUGGUGGAAAAUACUGGUGAUCCCUGGUCUGAUGGUGACAAUAAACAGAGUAUGACAUAUUUUGAGGCUAUUUAUCUGGUCAUGGCAACAAUGUCGACUGUUGGCUUUGGGGAUGUGGUGGCCAAGACAUCCCUAGGACGGGUUUUCAUCGUUUUCUUCACCCUUGGAAGUUUGGUACUAUUUGCAAACUACGUCCCAGAAAUUGUUGAACUUUUUAGCAACAGGAAGAAAUACACCAAGGCCUAUGAAGCAGUAAAAGGAAAGAGGUUCAUCGUGGUCUGUGGAAACAUUACAGUUGACAGCGUGACUGCCUUCCUGAGGAACUUUCUCCGCCGUAAGCGAGGAGAGAUCAACACUGAGAUUGUGUUCCUGGGAGAGGCUCCUCCUUGCUUGGAACUGGAGACCUUAUUGAAGUUCUACUCCUCCUAUACAACGUUUGUGUGUGGCUCUGCGCUGAGGUUCCAGGACCUAAAACGAGUUGCAGUGGAGAACGCGGAAGCCUGCCUGAUUCUAGCCAACCCCUUGUGCAGUGACUUGCAUGCUGAAGACAAUUCAAACAUUAUGAGGGUGCUGUCUAUCAAGAACUAUUACUCGAAGACAAGGGUCAUCAUCCAGAUCCUCCAAUCCCACAACAAGAUUUUCCUGUCAAAAAUCCCCAACUGGAACUGGAGUUCUGGAGACAAUAUCAUCUGCUUUGCAGAGCUGAAGCUUGGAUUCAUGGCCCAAGGCUGCCUGGUGCCAGGACUGUGUACCUUUCUCACGACUCUGUUCAUCGAACAAAACCAAAAGGUUUUUCCUAAACAUCCUUGGCAGAAAUAUUUCUUGAAUAGCUUGAAGAAUAAAAUUGUGACCCAGCGCCUCUCUAAUGACUUCGUUGGGAUGACAUUUCCUCAGGUCUCAAGGCUCUGCUUUGUAAAGAUGAAUCUCAUGCUGAUAGCCAUCCAACACAAGUCACUCUUUCACAGUUGUUGUAGUCUGAUACUAAAUCCGUCGGCACAAGUGAGGCUGCACAGAGACACGUUAGGGUUCUUUAUUGCGGAAUCCUCACAAAUUGUCAAAAGAGCCUUCUUCUACUGUGCCAACUGUCACAGUGACGUGUGGACUCCCGAGCUAAUUUCAAAAUGUGGCUGCAAAAACAGGAAUCAACAUGUUGAAGGACCAACCAUCAGGGUGAUGAAAGACAACGCUGAUGAAUUCCCCUGCAGUUCAGAAUUUAUGGAAAAUAUUUUAAGAGAACAGGUGAACUCCACUGUCAUAAACUUUGCCAACAGGAACAUAACAAAUGAAGCAGAUGAUUUUGACCUGCUGGACAGCAGUGGUAUGUUUCACUGGUGCAGAUCGACACCCUUGGACAAGGUGGUUCUGAAAAAAGGCGACAAGUCGAAACAUGAGUUUCGGAACCACAUUGUAGCCUGCGUGUUUGGAGACUCCCAGUCUGCCCUGGUGGGGCUUAGGAACUUUGUGAUGCCCCUGAGAGCCAGCAACUACACCCGGCAUGAGCUGAAAGACAUCGUGUUUAUUGGGGCUCUGGAGUACCUACAGAGAGAAUGGCGAUUUCUCCGCAACUUUCCCAGGAUAUACAUCAUGCCUGGAUCUGCACUCUAUACUGGAGACCUGCAUGCAGUCAACAUAGAACAGUGUUCCAUGUGCGCUAUCUUAGCCACCCCGUCCAAGCCACUGAGCAGCCAGUUCCUAGUGGACACUGAGACUAUCAUGGCCACCCUCAACAUCCAGUCCCUGAGGAUCAGAUGCCAUACCUCAGUGCCUUCAGUGCCAGGAGAAAAGAAUGCAAAAUGCUUUCUUAAAAAAAGUACAAAAGAAAGCUACCAGCAGAUCCCCAUUCUCACUGAACUAAAGAAUCCCUCCAACAUCCACUUUAUUGAGCAGAUCGGUGGACUGGAUGAGAAAGUCAAAGGAACUAGCUUACAUCUCAGCACUGCAUUCUCCACGGGCACCGUCUUUUCAGGAAACUUCUUGGAUUCUCUCCUGGCUACGGCCUUCUACAACUACCAUGUCCUGGAAUUACUUCAGAUGCUAGUGACGGGAGGCAUAAGCUCUCAGAUGGAACAGUAUUUAGUUGAGGACAAGUACUGUGAGACUCAGGACGGCGGUGCCACAAUCCAGUCUGCGAGGAUGCGGUGUAAGCUGGGACUUCUCUCUUUAGACCAAACUAUUCUGUCAGACAUCAAGCCAAGAAAAACCUUUGGCCAACUGUUCUGUGGCUCAUUGGAUACUUAUGGGAUCCUGUGUAUUGGCUUAUACCGUAUGAUAGAUGAAGAGGAGCACAACCCAGAACACAAAAGGUUCGUCAUCACCAGGCCGGCUAAUGAGUGUAACCUGCUGCCCUCAGAUCUCGUGUUUUGUGCCAUCCCUUUUAGCACCUGUUGCAAACCCAAAACUGCUUCUCCAAGUCAGGCUCUUGAUGACAGUACAAAAGUGGUAUCAUUGUCUUCGGAGACACAGCCAACCGACACCCGAGAUCUUUCCAAUGUCACCCCAACGGGAAAGAAAAUGUCUCCGAAGAAUUAACCCCAAGUCUCUCCUUUGGAGCCAUUAACUGCCAGUGAUUUUGAGCAAACAAAAUAAAAACAGAAGCGUGCUGGUUUUGUGCCCAUUGCUUAGUGGCCGACGAGUCAGCAAGCCCGCGCUGCUGUGGAAAGGCCGUCUCACCCCCUGGAUCUGCUGUGGUGAAUAAAG